GCUUCUAGGAGGAGAUGAGUAAUCCUGUCGCCACUGCGCGGUUAAAUAAUCCCUGGCAGGGUAAACAUUCACUUCCUAGGUGUUAGAGUUGUUGGGAUGGCAGGUUUGAAGAAGCGUAACAGCAUGGCGUCAACAUCGGUUCUGACUUUUAAAACUCUCCUGGCAUUAUCUGUCAUAUAUGCCGUGGCGGCCCAACCUCAACCUCAAGUUACCACGAAAAACGGUGUAAUACAAGGACUUGUGACGACUGUAGAGGGACAAGCUGUGAAUCAGUUUUUAGGUAUUCCUUUUGCUGAACCACCUUUAGGAGCACUGAGGUUUCUGAAACCACAGCCGCCCUCCAACUGGACUGGAGUUAAGGAGACCACCGCUUUUGGUGCAACGUGUAUGCAGAGUACCACUGACCCUAGUCCUUACGGCGACCAGCUGUCUGAAGACUGUCUCACCCUGAAUGUGUUCGUCCCCGGGGCUGUAAGCAACACUAACAGGAAGGCGGUAAUGGUCUGGAUAUAUGGCGGGGGAUACACCACCGGAGGAACCAGUCUUUACAUCUUUAAUGAAUUUGCGGCCCAGAAUGACGUCAUCAUGGUAUCAAUCAACUACCGCGUGGGUCCAUUUGGAUUCUUGACCACUGGGGACGCCAACGCUCCUGGUAACGCUGGACUCUGGGAUCAAAUAGAAGGACUUAAAUGGGUGCAAGACAACAUAAGAAAUUUUGGCGGAGACCCUAAUAAUGUGACAAUUUUCGGUGAAUCGGCAGGUGGCGGUAGUGUUUCACAACUGGCAAUGACGGUGGCCUCCAGGGGUCUUUUCCAUCGUUUUAUAUCCAUGAGUGGCACCGCUCUAAGCGUUUGGGCCUGGGUGAAGGACGGACCUGACGUCGCUACCAAGGUUGGACAGAAUCUUGGAUGUAACGCUGCAACAUCGCUGGUGGACUGUCUCCGUGCAGCCAACGCAACCGCCCUGCUAAGAGCGUCAGACCAGUCAUUAUUCCCAGGGCGGUUGGCAACUCUUUUUGGCCCCGUUGUCGACGGCGACAUGUUUCCACGUAGUGUGGAGGAAAUGCUGAGGGAUCCCAACUCAACUGCGUUGAGACAUUUUCUGUCCCUGGAUUACAUGGGUGGAUUCACGGACUCUGAUGGUGGAGUUAACCUCCCUUACAUCCCUAUCAACGUCACUCUAGGUGUCCCGCCCUCUUACAUGAAGAAUACUUUAAUUCCUCAGCUUGCCGCCGGGACUUCCGUCUACCACAAAGAUGAAAUAGCACAGAAACUAAGAGAAGUUUAUUACAAUGCUAGUGUCAGCAUGGAAGAGACUGGACGCCUAAUGGUUAACCUGUAUACUGAUACCACGUUUUCUGUGCCAACAGUAGGAUUCCUCAGAAACCAUCUUAUGGCGCCCGGUGGCUCCACCUAUCUUUACUACUUCACCAAAGAGCCGUCAUUCCCCCAUCUCCUGCCCGUACCAGCCUGGUUUAGGGGGGUGAACCACGGAGACGAGCUCGCCUUCAUGUUAGGGCCUGCUAGUGCUUCUCUAUUGAACGUCACCUUCACGGAAUUAGAAAAGAACGUUUCCAGAGCUUUUAUGACCUACUUUGCAAACUUUGCAAAAACUGGAAACCCCAACACUCCUGAUACUGUACCAAACCUAUGGCCGCAAUAUACGUAUGCGAGAGAAGAGUAUUUAGACAUCGGUGACGUCAUCGUCAAUAAAACUGACGUCAUACCACGGCGUAUUGACCUCUGGUUAGACACCAUCCCUGCGAUACUGGCCAGGUCCACCACUUCCGCCCCGUCCACGACGCCGGUGGCUAGUGAGUCCACGACGCCGUUGACUAGUGAGGGGGUACAAAUCCAGUUCAGCGCCUUGCUUGCUAUCCUUGUUAUGUUUAACGUCUUGAAGUUGUUUUAUUGAUGCGCCACUUUUUUAUCAUUACCGUUACUCCAUUACCUUUUUUAAGAACAACGUUAAAGAAAAUAUCUCCUGAACAAAGAGAGAGAGAGAUCCGUGUAUUUAAAAGCGGAAUGUUUUCCACAAACUUUUUGGUUCUGGAAAAUCGCGGCGUUAAUAAAUGUUUAGAUUGGA